AUGGCGACAGACUAUACAGAAGAUAAAUUGAAAGCAGACAUUGUCAGUUUUAUGGCUAAUGCAAAGGUUAAUACUUCUGUGGCAGACAAAUUGGCCAAUACGAUCGCUGAUGAGGUAACUCGAAAGAGCAUUGAAUUGUUACGAAUUGUAAUAUUUUUACGAGAGUACUUAACCUCUGAUGACGAUAGCACCAGACAAAAUGCAUUGAGCUGUUUAUCUUGUAUAUUGGAACACAUUUCACCAGCGGUACUAAAGAAGAAUGAUGUUUCAGUGAUAUUCGAUUUCUACCAAAGUAAGAUGGAAGAUUCAGGCUGCAUGAAAGAAACACUACAAGGGAUCAACUCAUUAGUACUAAUGGACUGUUUUUACGUUAGUCACGUCGAAAAGCUGUUAAAACUUUUAGGAAAUGACUAUCAACCUACUAACUUUUUGGCUGCGACUAGAUAUUUCGGAUUCAGGAUUAUGGAUAAUAUACUUAUCAAAUUCAAAUCCCAGAUGUUGGGCAAUCUCAAAUUGAAUGACUUAUAUAUCGAAACUUUUAUUCUUGUUGCAACUGGUGAGAAAGAUCCUAGAAAUCUUCUCAUAUCUUUCCGUUUGAAUUCUGAUAUUAGCACCGGUUUACGCAACAUUGACAGUUUCAAGGAGGAAUUAUUUGAUAUAUUAUUCUGCUACUUCCCAAUCAUGUUCAAACCCCCAAGUAAUGAUCCAUACAAAAUUACCAAUAAUGAUUUGAAACUAGCCUUGAGAAGUGCCAUCACUGCCACGGAAAAGUUUGAGGAGGAUGCUUUUGGGAACCUCUUAGAUAAAUUGGCAGCAUCGUCACCAACUGUUAAAAAUGAUACUAUACUGACCCUCAAAGCAUGUGUGGAUACAUUCAGUGGAACAUCAUCUUUGAAACACUGGCUGCCAAUUUGGGAUGCCCUAAAGUUUGAAAUUUUAAAUGGCACAGACCCGGAACCUUCAAUCCUCGAUACUGCAAUGGAUACAGAAAACCAAAACUCGAGACCAGAAGGAAAUAUUAGUAACUACUCGGAUUCGCUCUCUAUUAUAACUUCAUUAUCUUCGAAACUCAUCGCACUAGAUGAACAUGCAUUUGAUAAAUUUUUUAAUCAUAUAUUUGAUGAGUUUGUUCCAAAUUUUGAACAAGAUAAGGAUUUAAAACAGUGUUGUGACCUGCUCGCUUCAAUUUCUAAAGUGAGCUUGCAAACAUUUAAUAAAGUCAUGAAAAAAGUGAUUCCAGUGCUUUUCAUGGAUAAAGACUUAGAUGCUUCUAAACAGAAACUCUUGAUUCUCAAUUUGGCGCCAUUUUUUAGCGCUUAUAUUUCACUCUUUGGCGAGACCGGUAAAGAGAUUUCCAAAUUCCAUGCUAAGAAUGAAUUACAAAAUCACAAAGACAGCAUAUUAAUGGUUUUCAGCAAGGCAUUAACUGGUACAUCCAAAAAUGAAGUUACCCUGAGGACGCUUGCUAUCAUACAAUUCACCACACUAGUUAAAAUGUCAGGUUUUUUGGAUAGCGAGGAAAUAGCGAUGAUUGUCCAAUAUUUCACCGAAACAAUUUUGACUGACGAGAAUAAGAAUAUAUACUGCGCAUGCUUGGAGGGUCUCAAGUUUAUCAGUGUGUUCAAUGAAUCCAUUAUUUAUGAAGUCUCUUUGAAGUACAUGUUACAUCUACUUCCUGAUAAUGAAAACAUGGUUCCAAUCACAUUGAAUAACACUGAUAUAGUCCCAAUAGAGCGAGUUUUGAAGGUCAUUCUCGAUUUCACUACUUCAAGGCACCAUUUGGUCAAAGAAAGUAUUGUUGGUCUUGCUUCGAAAUUAAACCUCAUUGUAAUGCAUCCAAAUUGCAGCGAUUAUUGUUUUUUGAUUUUGUCAUGUCUUUUUUCCCUUUUGCAGAAUAACAUUGAUGAAUUCGACCAGAACGUUGUGCAAUUCUUGAAGGAAUCGAUGGAAGAGACAUUUUUACAAAACUCUUUGAAAAAUGAUAUGAUAUACCUUGAUGACCACUCCUUGAGCCUUGCGGCUGGAGUUUUAUUUCAGCUUAACAUAAAAUCUGAUGUCUCAACCCAUCAAAGUGAACUUAUUACCUAUAAUAAAUGUUUCUUGGAUGAAGAAAGAAUUUUUGAUUCUGCUCAAAGAUCUAUUGUGAUUUACUCCAGGCUUUUGGCAGCUUUGGAUAAGAAUACAUCUUUUGAAGCCGCGAAUGAUAUAUUUUCAAAAGCCAUUGAACUCAUUAAGAAUAAUGAAGCUCUCCCAACUUUCGAAUCUCUAAAUUACUUGGAGUUCUUGGCGCUAUUAUCAAAUAAAUGGGUUACAGAAUCUUACAUAGAAAGCGUGCUGGACCUAACUGACACAUCUAUUAAGAAUCUUGAAAUAAUAUGCUGGAUUAACAAAGGUUUGGUCAUGAAAAAUUCAGUUCUUGCAACAAAAUUGACGGAUCAUCUAUUUUCUCUUUUAAGUGACGAGAAGUUUGGCAAUAAGGUUGCUCACCUCUUUGAAGUUUUAGUUCUUGACCUUCUAAUUUUUCAAAGAUUUAAAAAGGUGUCAUGGAAUAACAAUAUUCGAUUAAUUUACAAGCAGAAGUUUUUCAAUCACAUUGCACAAAAAAUGGUAAACGCCUUCAAAUCUUCUGAUAAUAUGACCAUUAAAUCGAAUUAUCUUACCGCAGUUUCUUUAGUUUUAAAGAAUACUCCAUCAAAUAUCACCAUAUCGUAUAUCACGGACUUGUUACCUCUUCUUCUUCAGGCUCUUGAACUAGAGAAUAUCGAAGUCAGAAUAUCAUCUCUAGAGACACUAAAAAAUACUGUGAAUCAAAUGUCUCAGUUGGUUACUGAACAUGUCCAUUCGUUAGUUCCGCUGUUACUUAACUUAUUGGUCCCAUCGAAAUAUAGUAACGUGAACGUAAGAUUUCUGUCAUUAGAAAUUCUUCAGACUUUAACAACCAGUGUUCCCCUUAACUACUUGAUCCCCAUGAAGAAUGAAAUUAUAUCAAAACUUCAAAUUGGUUUAGAUGACUCGAAGCGUAGAGUGCGCAAACAAUGCAUAGACACAAAACAGGCAUAUUUGGAAUUAGGACAGGUACCAUUUGAGUAG